GAAGACUUCCAUUUGCAUAACACCACACUCCUCUUUCUUGUCUGUCACCAUCCCUCUGCUUGAUAUCCAUCUUGUCCUGAUCCGUGUACUGUGUGGUUUGCGUCCUCUCAAUCCUUCAUUCAUUCACGCCUACUCUCAUGUGCAGUCCUGUUUGGUUCUUUGCAUUCUCCAGCUCAGACAGAAAAGCAAGCGAUUGUUUUUUUGUUUUUUUUCUCUCACUCAGUUUAUCUUUCGGGGAACUAAAACACUCUUAAAGCCUUUUAUGAAUUGACAGUUUGGAAGAAUUUUUUGACUGAUACAAGCGGGGCCAGUGAGGACAGAGUCAGUAAUUUAAUUUUUUUUUUUUUUUUUUUUACGCAUCAACACUCGCACGUAGGCUGGAGAGGAUAAAGCUGAAACGCAUUGUGGGUUUUUGAAAAUUACUUAGCUUUGCGGACGGUGACGCCGCGGUGGCGUGAGGGGGAUUUAAUAACAGGAACUAAUCCAACAGUGUUAAGUUUGAUGAGGUAGGGAACCUGUCAGGGAAAAAAAUUGCAAAGAAGCCCCGUGGAAAGAUAUACGCUUCAUUUCCAAGACACCAGCGCAACAAGCCAACACCAUUACGCCAGCGUGCUGUGUGAAUGGCACACGGGGUGUCUUCUUCUGUUGAACUGGUGCAGGGUAGCCACGCUGUGCCCAGGGUCCAGCUGAGAUUCGGGCUAUUCUGGUGAUAUGGAAGAUAAGUUCAUCUCCUGAGGCCACAACUUCCACACUGAGCUGACUCACUGAUAACUGCACCCAGAGGUUCGGAUAGACCUUUACAUGUGACGUCGAUUGACCUCCGGCAACAGAAGACUCUGAGCAUUAUCACGCUGCCAUGUUCCUGGACAAGCGUAUCCUGAACUUCACUCCGCCUUGCACACCAUGUAUGUUCAUCUCCUUUCUGCUGGUUCUGCUCCCAGGAGUCACUCAUUUCUCCCAGGGAAGCGCCAGCCAUGACGAUAUUGGCAGCACACCAGCCAACUGCUCCGGUGAAGAUAACUGCUCCGAUGGCGUGGUGCUGCCCAUGUGGAACCCCCAAAACCCUGCAGUUGGUGACAAGGUGGCACGCGCUAUUGUUUACUUUGCAGCUCUCAUAUACAUGUUUCUGGGCAUGUCCAUUAUCGCAGACCGCUUCAUGUCUUCUAUCGAAGUCAUCACCUCUCAGGAAAGGGAGAUCACCAUCAAGAAGCCCAACGGGGAAACGACAACGACUACUGUACGCGUCUGGAAUGAGACGGUAUCCAACCUGACUCUGAUGGCGCUGGGCUCAUCUGCACCAGAGAUCCUGCUGUCUGUCAUCGAAGUGGUCGGCCAUGAUUUUGAGGCUGGAUCUCUGGGCCCCAGCACCAUUGUGGGCAGCGCUGCAUUCAACAUGUUCAUUAUCAUCGCCAUCUGUGUCUACGUGGUGCCAGAAAAUGAAACCCGCAAGGUAAAGCACCUUCGGGUGUUUUUUGUCACUGCUGCCUGGAGCAUCUUCGCCUAUAUCUGGCUGUAUAUCAUCCUGUCUGUGGUCUCCCCAGGGGAGGUGGAGGUUUGGGAGGCCGUCCUCACCUUCCUCUUCUUCCCUGUUUGUGUGCUGCAAGCUUGGAUUGCAGACCGGCGCCUGCUCUUCUACAAGUACGUCCAUAAGCGUUAUCGCGCUGACAAGACCCAUGGCAUUAUCAUCGAGUCAGAGGGGGACGCCAUGUUCACUAAAAUGGACUUGGAGAUGGACGGCCAGGGUGUGAACUCCCACACUCACCCCAAAGAAGCUCUGGAUGGGAUGCUGGAAGGGGUGGAGGAAGGUGGAGGGAUGAGUGCGGAGCAAGAUCAAGAGGAAGAGGCCCGGAGGGACAUGGCUCGCACUCUGAAAGACUUAAAACAAAGGCACCCGGAGAAAGACAUGGAGCAGCUGAUUGAGAUGGCCAACUACCAAGUGCUGGUCCAACAACAGAAGAGCCGCGCCUUCUAUCGCAUUCAAGCCACACGCAUGAUGAUCGGAGCCGGAAACAUCUUGAAAAAGCACGCCGCUGACCAGGCCAGAAAGGUGGUGAGCUGCCAUGAGGCCACAGGGCAAGAGGAAGAUCCCCACACCAUCUACCUGCAGUUUGAGACCUCACACUACCAGUGCUUUGAGAACUGUGGCUCACUGAAGCUGUCGGUGACCCGGCAUGGGGGAGAAAGUGGCUGCACUGUGAAGGUGGACUACCGUACAGAGGAUGCCACUGCUAAUGCCGGCUCAGACUACGAGUUUGCUGAGGGCACUUUGGUCUUCAAGCCCGGUGAGACAACAAAAGAGUUCACUGUUGGCGUUAUUGAUGAUGAUAUUUUUGAAGAGGAUGAGCAUUUCUACGUCCGCCUGAGUAAUCCACGCAUCGUGCAUCGAGCAGAGGUCUCUGUCCUGGAGCCGAGCUCCAUCACCUCCAGCAACAGCACGGUGGGCCUCUCCCAGGUUCCUCCGAAGGCAGCCCUGGGCAGCGCUCACACUGCCACGGUUACCAUUUAUGAUGAUGACCAUGCUGGCAUUUUUACAUUCGAGAGUAACUCCAUGAGGGUCAGCGAGAGCAUCGGCAGCAUGCAGGUGAAAGUUCACCGGACGUCCGGGGCGAGGGGGAAGGUGGCAGUGCCGUAUCACACAGUCGAGGGCACCGCCAAGGCAGGAGAGGACUACGAGGAGGUGUCCGGCAAGCUGGAGUUUCAGAAUGAUGAGACCAUGAAGCUGCUAAAUGUGAAGGUGAUCGAUGACGAGGAGUACGAGAAGAACAAGACGUUCACGAUUGUGUUGGAGGAGCCCAUACUGCUGGAUGUGGGACAGAGACACGGAGACACCAACGACAACAAGACAGCAGUGGGACCAGAAGACGUGUCAAAGAUGGGGUGCCCCUGUCUGGGUGAGCACACCAAGCUGGAGGUGGUAAUUGAGGAGUCCUAUGAAUUCAAGAGCACAGUGGACAAGCUGAUCAAGAAGACAAACCUGGCCCUGGUGGUGGGGAGCAGCAGCUGGAGGGAGCAGUUUGUUAGUGCUGUCACUGUCAGCGCAGGUGACGAUGAUGAGGAAGAGAGCGGGGAGGAACGCUUGCCAUCCUGCUUUGAUUACAUCAUGCACUUCCUGACAGUUUUCUGGAAAGUCCUCUUCGCUUUUGUCCCACCCACUGAGUACUGGAACGGCUGGGCGUGUUUCUUCGUGUCCAUUUCCCUCAUCGGCGCUCUGACAGCUGUGACCGGGGACUUAGCCUCUCAUUUUGGCUGCACCGUCGGUCUCAAAGACUCGGUCACCGCUGUGGUGUUCGUGGCCCUAGGCACCUCUGUUCCAGAUACAUUUGCGAGUAAAGUGGCAGCGAUCCAGGACCAAUACGCUGACGCCUCCAUCGGCAACGUGACGGGCAGCAACGCAGUCAAUGUAUUCCUGGGCAUCGGGGUGGCGUGGACCAUCGCGUCCAUUUACUGGAAGACCAAAGGCCAGGUGUUCAAGGUGAACCCAGGCUCCCUUGCCUUUUCCGUCACCGUCUUCACCAUCAUGGCGCUGGUGUGUGUGAUGGUGCUGCUCUACCGCCGGCGUCCCAGUGUGGCAGGUGGAGAGCUCGGGGGCCCACGGACACCCAAGCUCCUCACCUUCUUCAUGUUCCUCUCCCUCUGGUUCCUCUACAUCCUGUUGUCCUCCCUGGAGGCUUACUGCCAUUUGCCUGGCUUCUGAGACAGAGGAUGACACACAGACAUGGCUCCUCUCCUUGUUUUUACAGUGUACUGAAUGUGUUUUCGCUCAGUUUUUGUCUAUUUUCACAAAGGUUUAUAACUAUUUGUAUCAUUAGUUAUUAUUGAUAAUGCGCAAUAUUUGAUUGACUUUGAAUCUUUGGACUUUGGAACUUUGCUUCCACCCACUACGGUGUGAAGUUUAGCUUUAGCCACUGACAUUAACCCUCUUAUUAACUUGUUCUACUUUUUUUGAAACGGUAUGUUCCACUGGACAUUUAUCCAUUCAUUGCUAUCAGCAUAAAUCACAUCAAACCUUCUGUUAAUUGAAUUGUAAAACUUCUGGAAACGUGUCCUCUCACUGUGUGGACAAUUAUUUGAGUGUUUAAGUGUUAAGAAAACAAGAUAGCAGUGUUGUGAAGGGUGUUUAAAUGUGGAAAAUUAAAAAAGAUCCUGCAAAGAAAGACAUUACUGAGACCAAGUGACAUAUUUGUGUGUUGAUAUUUAUUACUCAAUCUAUACAUUAAUUAUUCAUUGUAUAUCAUGUAAAAGAUGAACAUUGUGUGUGGGAGUUUUGUGAAAGAGUAGGUGUGUUUAUUUUUGCAUGUUAUCAUAGUAAACGUUCCUUGGUAAUCUAUUUUGAAGUAGGCCUACUGUACGUUAUAUUUCUGACAUGGCUGUUGACGUGUUGAUGUGUUUUCUGUACAUGUGACUCACAGCUGUAUCAUAAUCUUUUCUGCCUGGCCCCCCCUCACGCACAAAGUUUUCUCAAUCAAUCUCAUGUUUGCCAGGGUUAAAAAUGCCUUUUUUUCACAACAUAAGUCAACCUGGAGCAGAGUGCACGCUUUAAAUUGUAAUAUGAAGUAUCAGUUCAAUUAGAAAAUGUAGGUAUUGGGUGGUGUGUGUGAUGUGUGUGUUUGUAUGUGUGCACAUCUGCUCUCCAGCACAAAUUGACGAAAGGCAUUGCACUAUUUUGCCAUUGACUCCACAAAUAGGAGAGGGACACCAGUUUUCUUAUCUGUCCUGCUGACGGGAACAUUUUUCAACGUUACUUUUAGACAAAGCACAGCAGAGAGCAAAGGGUCACUUUCCAGUGGGACUCUGUUGGAAGAGUUAUUAGGUCUUAAUCAUAGCACAAUUGCCAAAAAGAUUCAUCAUCUGGGAUGAAAAAUGUCCUAAAAGAGAAGACUUACAGUAUUUUCUGAGUGUCUCCUCGUGUCACACUGCAGCUGAUAUUGAAGUUUGUUUUUUAUUUAACCUAGAAUCUAUAGAGCCAUAUUUAUUGUAACAGUAUUACAGUAGAGGUAUUUGUAUGAUCAAUUUUCAUUUUAUUGAUAUGCACGUUUAAUGUACAAAAAGUGGAAAUAAAUGUUGUUCAUUUAUGAUGCUGUAA